UAAACACUGGCUAAUUUUGGGUUUACUGUGGAAAUAAUGUUUUGAACUUUGAAUCUUUUAGAGUAAAAUGAGCAAACAUGGAAAAAAAUCAGAUAUAAAUUAAUUCCGGCAAACAGUAAAUCAUCAUGAUUUAAUGUGACAUCAUAAUGCAAAAAUUCUGAUGUUAAUAUUUUCAUCUUAGAAAGCAUGAACUAACAGCUUCUCUUCUGUGACACAAUUUUCUAUCUAAAUAAAAUGCUAACCACUGUGAUCAUUUGAAAAGAAUGCAAGUGGCCAGAAGCCCAUUGAUGUUGCACAUGAUGUCAAAUCCAGAAAGUGGAUGCACAUGGGGGAUGUGCUCAGCAGAUAGCUUGUUUAAGGUAAGGUCAGAUUGUUUUAAAGUUCUUAGGUACCUCAUCAUGGAAAGCUCCACAAAAGACUUACCAGCAGGCGUCUAGCAGCAUUUGCAGACAAGCGUGUACUAAGCUACUAUUCAAAUGAUGUGGACUUCAUUUGAACAGCCAGCUAUAUUUAUCUGACAUCAUAGACAGAGAUUAUUUAAAACCUCACAUCUGAAACCAAACACUGACAAAGGAAAAAAAUCAUUGCGAUGUGGUUAAAUAGAUUAAUAUCAAGCUAGUUUGAAUAAUUAUAGAAACAGGUGGGUUGCAGGCAUAUUAUCAAUGACAUUCCAACUAAAAUAAAUUAACAAAUCCUAUUUAAUAUGUCCAUAUGCCAGUGUCAGUAUGGAUGUGCUGUUUCAAUAACUGCUGUGGAUUGAAGACCUAUACUUUAAAAGUCUACGGACUUAUUGAGUCUGCCUCGACUGCUCAUGCUUGCAACUUAAAAUAAAGCUGAGUGCUAAAGGUUAUCAGAGUCUGAGUCAAAGUGUUCAAAGCAGAAACUGGAAUUCUAGUUGUGACCAGUUAGUUGAUCAUUGCAGAGCUUAUCCAUUGGUGCUCCAGGGUCAAAGGUCACUUUUAGAAAGCUGUUACCCAAUAUGUCACUGUGUGAGUGCUUAAGUGAGAGGUUUCAGCUUUUCCUGUUAGGCACAGCAUUGAAAAAAUAUAACAGGGUGUGAUGUGUUUAAGUUGUGUUUGAAUCAUGUCCGAGGUCAGAGGAAAACAAGCACUAAGGAAAUUGCAGCAGAAAAAGAAAAAGAUUUUUUAUGUCCAACUAAUCUCACUAAACGCGUAUCUCUAAAGAGUCAGUGUGUGCAUGUGUUUUCUGAAAAAAAAAAAACUUUGUGUGUGUGUGUGUGUAAGUUUGGGGAGGUGUGGGGUGCAAGACUGGUCUGGUGAUGGCACCACCAGACCCGGCAGAGAUAAGAGGAGAAAGCCACAUGAAAGUUUUUACAGACCAUGAAACUUUGAAGCCCAGCAGCAUCAGGUCCCAUAAACCCUCUCAGCCUUAAAAAAAAUACAUCUUCAUAAAAAGUAGUAGUAGUAGACCUGUAGGAUGCAAUGAAGUCUCAGAAAAACAAAGGCCUUCGUUAUCCUAAUCCAUGCAUGUUUACAGCCAGCUAUAUGCUGCAGUAUUGCUGUAUUUAUUAAAAAGAGAAAGAGAAAAUCACACACUUGUUUCAUUUAGCGCUCCUCCUUUCCUUUCCCCCUCUAUGUCUCCAUCUCCGUGGAGUCUAGAACCUGCUGUUCACAUCCACUUCACAUUCUGUUAAAUUAUACGCCAACAGCCUUUGUUGCACACCUUUUUCUGCUGCUUCUUUGUAGCUCCUUUUAAACUUUUACAGAGAAAAGCUUCCAUCCAUAUUGUGGUAUUAUGAGUCCUGGUUGCAGCCAGAACUCCCCCUCUCUCCCCCAGGCUCCUCUUCCUCUAAAAAAAAAAAAAAAAAAAGGCUCAUCAGCUGUUUUGGGGGCUCUAGGGGCUCUGGAGGCGGCCUCCUCUCUUUGUCUCGGCAUACAGGCUAGCUGGCUAAGCUAGUCGGCCCUUGCAUCACUUUCUGGGCAACUUUAGACUAGUCCACUCCUGCCUGCUCUGCGGCUGCAAAUAUCAGACCGUAACCGCCGGGGCUGAGGGGGAGGGGGGCACACUGAGGAGACCCCGACUGAAGGAGCUGGAAUGGGGAUGCACAGUAGCCAGAGCGUUCUUAGGAGCUUUCUGGAAGCCGUUUUCCUCCAUUAAAACAUCAGGGGAAAAUAGGAAAUAUUCCGGUCAGGUUGCAGGGGACCGUUGGAAAGACACCGUCACGUGACCCCCGGUACCAAAUGGUCUUCCGGCAGUGGCUCUCAAUAAGGACCGGAGCACAAGAAGACGCCACCACUUCUCACAGAGAUGCAGAAAACAACAUACUACGACAACUCCUCAACACUUUUUGGUGGCUACUCAUCCUACCCAGUGCAGGGGGCAGCAGUGGGAGCAGGAGCAGCUGCCAACGGCUUUGGGGGCUAUGAUGCCCCGGUCCCAGCAUCUCACCACCAGCCAGUCUUCCAGUCGGCUACCCAUCUGGAUGUGGAUUCAUACCAGCGCUCUGCCUGCUCUUUACAGUCACUGGGCAGUAAUGGUGGCCACCAGCAGCAGCAGCUAGCCAAGACCAAGGAGCUGAAUGGCAGCUGCAUGAGGCCCAGUCUGCCACCUGAGCACCACCCUGGCUCCCAAGUGUCCCCUCCACUUCCCCCCAACCCCAGCAACGGUAAUACUGGGGCUCAGCAGCCGGGUGGCAGUACUGGGGCCUCCUCACUCUCUAAAUCAGGCACCAAUAAGUCAUCUACUUCUUCCUCUUCUACAUCAUCUUCCACAUCGUCUUCAUCCUCUUCACUGCCGCCCAACCCAACCCUGGCCAAGCAGAUUUUUCCCUGGAUGAAAGAGUGUCGUCAGACGACUAAGCAGAAAAACUGUUCACCCAGCAACAACUCUGGCAAUGCAUCAGGAGGAGCUGAGAGUGGCAGCAGCGGGGAGAAGAGUCCAACCGGUGGCUCAUCAGCAUCAUCUAAGAGGGCUCGAACAGCAUAUACCAGUGCCCAGCUUGUUGAGCUGGAGAAGGAGUUCCAUUUCAACCGGUACCUGUGCCGGCCACGACGCGUGGAAAUGGCCAACCUGCUCAACCUGUCAGAACGCCAGAUCAAGAUCUGGUUCCAGAACCGACGCAUGAAGUACAAGAAGGACCAGAAGAACAAGGGCCUGAGUUCCAGCUCUGGAGGGCCCUCACCAACAGGCUCUCCUCCUCUGCCCUUGCAGUCUUCUGCCAGCUUUCUCAAUUCAAUGCACCCAAUGGGAGGGGGAGGUGGAGGAGGCAGCACAGGCUAUGACGCGCCAUCUCCACCAUCCUUUGGCAAACCCCACCAGGGAGUGUCUUACUCCAUGUCCACUGCCUAUUCAAAUGUCCCCAUGAAGGGCUGCCCCCCCCAGCAGAAGUAUGGCACCCCAGAACAAGACUAUGGUGAUCCCCAUCCCCACCACAGCCUAGUGCAGGCUAAUAGUGCUGGCUAUGGGACACCCACCAAUAUACAGGCCAGUCCAGUCUAUGUGGGGGGUGCUAAUUAUGUGGAACCCAUGCCUGGCUCAGGGCCUUCCAUGUAUGGGCUUAACCACCUCGGCCCCACCCCACCCCACCACCAAACCAUGGACUACAAUGGCGCAGGGCCCAUGUCGGCUGCCAACCAGCACCAUGUGGGUGGAGGGGGCCCCCCGGGUCCCUGUGACCCACCUACACACCCGACAUACACCGAACUGUCGGCGCACCACACCUCGACUCAGGGCAGAAUCCAGGAAGCACCCAAGCUCACUCACCUGUAGCAGGUUUGGAACAAAAUGAAAAUAUACAAAAAAGUGAAGACCACAUUGAACAAAUCAUGGCUCACAAACAGACUUACACAUAGGGAGACUAGUGCUGCAGCAGGAUAGCAUGAGAGGCAAAAGAAGACUCACAGGGGCCGUCCAGUGGUUUGUCCUGAGCUCUGAAGUCACAAAGGGGAACAGCCAGUGUUGGGUAGUGUUCUGCUGCCGCCCUGUUUUCACUGCCUUCAUAAAGAGCUCCACUAAAUGUGAUUAGGACGAGACCUUUCAGUUCUACCUUGAAACAGCAGGUAAUUUAAUUUUAAAAAAGGCAGCAGCAUCGAGUAUCACAGAUGAACCCAAACUUCGCAUGUUGUCAAAUAACUUGAUAAAAGACAUAUCGUGUAUUAUAAUGCAAACUCUUUUUUAAAAUAGAUUUUUCAAACUUACUAAACUAACUAGCAUAAUUUCUAUUGCUCUAACUUUAUGUGCCACAUACAGGGAAUUAAGUAACACAAAUUUUAAACCAUAUUGAAUCAUAUUUGAACUUGGAUUAAACAUUUAACUUUUACUUUAGAGGUAUAGUCAUUUUCAAAAUGAACCCAUCUAUACAGUAUUCCACAGCCCCAGGGAAAUGAGGUGUAUUGUAGGAAGAGGUCAGGCGUACAUUCAGUCCCCUUGCUUCUCUUUGCUGCUACAAAAAAUUCAUAUCAAGGAGCUUGUCUUAUGGCACUGGUGCAGAGACACAUUGGCAGCUGUUUGGUAUGACAGGAUCCACGUUGAGCACCGUUGUAUAGUCAUUUGUCAGAUUGAGACUCAAAUGAAAACCACCAUGUUUGCACAGAAAAAAUUAGGAAGAUUUGUUCAAAACAGCAUAAAAAAACCCUAAAAAUGUUGAAUUUAAGACACUUAGCAAUAAGUAAAACAUUAUUAAAACAAAUAUAUUUUAUAAUUUAAUAUAAUGCUUUCCCAGACUUUCCUAUACAGGUCUCCUGAUACUGUAAAAUAUUGAGAACUUAGCUGUGCUUCUAUUUUUAGCCUUUUAAAUAGAAAGUGGGGUGAGGAGUGUGUGUGUAUGUAUGUUGGGCACGUGAGCAUAGCAAAUUCAGGAGUAGUUUAGCUACUGUGUACUAAAAGGACUCUUUUGGAGGUAGCAUUUAGUCUAAAAUUGUACUUUGAUACUUAAUAGGACACAUAUAUGCACGCAGCUCUCCCCCUUCUAAAUGAAAUGGUUGAAAUUUUAAUGGCCAGUUAACAAGGUGGUUAGAUUUAUGGUGCUUUCUCUUCCCCUCCAGACAACACAUGUUGUUGUCAGCCAAGUUGAGCUAUGUGGAGGGCUCUGUCUCUAUACCAGCUUGCGAGAGAGAGAGAAAAGAAGGAGACAGAGUGAAAUUGAAAGCAGAAAUAUAUAGCUGGAGCUGGCAGAACACAUCUUCUUCCGCAAAAACCACUCGACGGUCACUGUCCCUUUCUGCCUCCUGCUGUAUAACCAUCUCAGACCCAGUCUUUACUAACCCACUGUCUCUUGUCUAUGGCAGCAGCACAUGGGUUCAGAAGGAGGCAAAAUCUCCUACAAUCCCCCACAGACUACCCCCCACCCCCACCCCCUUUCCCAACCACAUACACACACAUUCAUCACCACAUGGACAGCCUACCUAUCGCUCGAACAGGGUUUAAGAAGCUAUGAGCUCAAAUGCUAAAGUAGUCAUCGACACACAUCUGUGCUAAGCUACUUUAGCUAAUCACACCUUCAUGCACACACAGCAGUGCUAAGCUAGCAAUGUUUCAUCAACACACCUCCAUAGCCAGGGUACGUCAGCUGUUGACACCUUCAAACAAACACAUGAGAGGAGAUGGAAGAGACAUUUAAAAUUCCUUAUUUUAGCACAUUAUUGACACAGGGUAAAUGCGAAAGAGCAGAGAAUAUUAUUUAUUUAUGUUGAAGUAUAUCAUUGCUGUCUCUCUCUUUCUCGCUCUCCCUUUCUCUCUCUUUAUCACUUUGGAAGGGUUAACUUACAAUAGCGGACACCGAUGCAUAAAAGUCCACACUUUCUCCUGUGUUGUUUUGUUCUCACAUAUCUUGACUUUUAACAUGGAUACAGGGUAUAUAUUUGAACAAGAAAUGCAUGUCCCAGAAGUCAGAGCUGCUGUGUAAAACACAUUUUUAAAACUACUGGGUUUAUUUACUCGAACCAUCAGUGAGUGCAUUUGGUACAGCGCACACAGAGCCUUUACAGUGUGGAACAAACACAAGCAGUGUGCGCUCGACUCUCUCUAAACUUGCUGAUGUUUAGUAAGUGAAUCCCUGGUUUUGUUUUUAAAAGUGCAUGAUUUACACAAAAGCUUGUCACAUCUGGGCAUCAUUGUUGCACUUAGAGUUUACAUUUUGAUGGUUAAAGGUAAAAAAAAAAAUAAUAAUAAUAAUGAAAUCUUAUUUUGAAGACGAAAGGCCCUCCAAUCAAAGCGUCUUUUGCCAAUGUGUGUUCAAGUGAACAUUCAUAUAAAAUAUUUAUUUGUUAUAGCCAGUUUAAAAAAAAGACUUUCUGUUUUGUAUGACUAUUAUUUAUCCUUCAUGUAUUUAUAUUGAGAAAAAAUACUGUACUUUUUUAGUAUUUACCUGUUAUGAAAGAAAAAAAAACAUUGUUUCUUCUUGUCCAUUGUACUAAAGUUACAUUUUUUAGUUCUUGUAUUUUAGAAGAAAAUGAGUAGUUUUUAUGUUCCUAUAUUGACCCUUGUACAUAAAUGUCUUGGCUUGUACAGGGGAAAAGGCAAGUGUGGGGAUUGGUGAACCACCCAUGCAUAGUGGGAAAAUAUAGACUAACUAUUAGAUGGAAAAAAGAACAAGUCUUUUUGGAGAAAAAACAAGUUCUUCUUUUGUCCUUUGUAGCUCCUUUUUCUUUCACUGUUGAGAGAGUUGUCUGUUGAACAAUUCUUUAAUAAAAUGUUAUGUUAUUCAGA